AGCAGGAAGAAGAAGAAAGCACAACAUGACAACACGCUCAGGUGUCAGCUGGUGUGACGCUGACUGUCUUUGUUUUGAAAGCUGGUUCUGCAGGAGCUCGUGCUCAGAUUUAAACUCCACCGUUGUGUUGUGAGCGGGGAAGUCAGCAGGAGCCGAUGAUCGUCCAUCGAUGAGAAUACACUUCAGAAAUCUGCCCGCUGCUGCUGCUGCUGCGACCGGAGUUCGUCAGAGUUCCAUUAGAAACCAUCAUCAGGAGACCAUGUCCAGACGACUUAACGCGCGCAGGACGGACGGUGUGGAUAAAAACGUGUGGGUUGAAUUUACACAACUGGCUGCAGACUACAAAGUCGUGAACCUCGGACAGGGAUUUCCUGACUUCUCCCCACCUCCGUUCAUCCAGGAGGCUUUUUGUAAAGCACUGAGGGGAGGACCGUCCAUGCACCAGUACACCCGAGCCUUUGGCCACCCCCCUCUUGUAAAAGCUCUGGCUAAAUUCUUCAGUAGGAUUGUGGGGCAUGAGAUUGACCCAUUUGAAGACAUCCUGGUCACAGUCGGAGCUUAUCAGGCGCUCUUCUGUGCAUUUCAGGCUCUGAUCGAUGAAGGAGAUGAGGUAAUAAUCAUUGAGCCGUUCUUUGACUGCUACCAGCCGAUGGUGGCGAUGACUGGAGGAAAGGCAGAGUAUGUACCUCUGAGGCCAAAAGGUGAGGGCAGUGCCGUCCUGUCAAGCGGAGACUGGGUUCUUUCUGCUGAGGAGCUGGCCAGUAAAAUAACUCCACGUACUAAAGCCAUUGUUAUCAACACGCCCAACAACCCAAUAGGAAAGGUUUACAAGACAGAAGAGCUCCAAAUGAUCGCUGAUCUCUGUAUCAAACAUGAUCUGCUGUGCAUCAGUGACGAGGUGUACGAGUGGCUGACGUAUGACGGAGCCAAACACGUAAAGAUCGCCAGCCUUCCUGGCAUGUGGGAGCGAACAAUAACCAUCAGCAGUGGUGGAAAGACUUUCAGUGCGACCGGAUGGAAGGUCGGCUGGGCCAUCAGCUCUGGACAUAUCAUCAAACACAUGAAAACCAUCCAUCAGAACAGUGUUUACCACUGUGCAACAGCUGCUCAGGAGGCAGUGGCUCAAGGAUUUGAGAGAGAGUACGAGCUGCUGGGGACUCCAGAGAGCUACUUGCAGCAGCUGCCCGCAGCUCUGCAGCACAAGAGAAAGAAGCUGGCCUCUUGUCUGGAGAGCGUGGGUUUGCAGCCCAUCUUACCAGAGGGAGGAUAUUUUAUGAUCGCAGACAUCUCCUCUGUCGAGGUGGAUCUGAAUGACCAGAGCCCAAAGGAUGAAGCCUCUGAUUUCAGAUUUGUUAAAUGGCUCAUUAAAGAGAAGGGUUUGGCAACAAUCCCCGUCUCUGCAUUCUACAGUCCAGAGCACAGCAAGCAGUUUGAAAACUACAUCCGAUUCUGUUUCGUCAAGGAGGACUCCACUCUGGACGCAGCUGAGGAGAUCUUGAGAAAAUGGCACCAGGGGCCGUAAAACCGUCCAUUAUAUGAAGUGUUACCCGUCCAUUCAAUCAAGCUGCUUAAAACUGGGUUAGUCUGACUACUCAGUUCAAAUGAGCCAUAAUCAGUUUCCGAGCCUGUCCCCACUGAAAACACUCCUGCACAGGGAUUUUAGAAAAGCAGAAAAUUACUGAUUAACAUUUUUAGAAAAUAUUUAGGUGAUUUUAUUUUUCAUAUAUUCAAAUGAUGUGCGUCCAUUGUGAUAUGUAAUAAAACUAAUGAAUCCA